AUGGCUCAGUCGCAAAACAGGAGAAACACCUGGGAAGGGCCAAAUGGCCGCACCAUUGAAGCCAGAGCAUCCGAGCUUUUAAAUUUGUAUAUAUACGAUUAUUGUAAGAAGAGAAAGUUCAACCAAGCAGCACGAGCAUUUUCUUUAGAGGCAAAUGUGCCAACAGACCAACCGCCUCCUUUUGAUGUAUCGACAGGUUUUUUAGCUGAUUGGUGGAACGUAUUCUGGGAUAUUUAUUAUGCAAAAUCUAAAGAAGCUGAAGCUAGUAAAGAAGCGACCGUUAUUGAUGAGUAUCAUAAUUAUCUUCGGUCUAAGCGAGAUGAGGUAUUGCAGCAGCAAAGAGCAUUUAAUACGCAUCAAGCAGCACAACAACAACAGCAACAACAGCAACAGCAACAGCAACAGCAACAGCAACAACAACAACAGCAACAACAACAACAGCAACAACAGCAGCAGCAACAACAGCAGCAGCAGCAACAGCAGCAACAACAGCAACAACAGCAUCAACAACAGCAAGCACAUAUUCAACAACGCCGUGCCUCUGAAGUACAAAGAGUACAAUCACCUCAACUAUCCAUGCAUCAACAACAGCAACCACAACAGGAUCAACAAGCACAUCUACAACAACAAUCACAACCAUUAUCACGAGAUCCGCGUCCAUCACCAGCAAGUAGUACAGCAUCAUUACCAAAUAAUCCUGGUAAUCCUACAGCGCCUGGCACAGCGCCUAACACCAAUACGACACCUUCCGCUGCCGCUGCUGCCGCUGCUGCUGCUGCUGGUGGUGGUGGUGGUGGUAGUGGCAAUAUGCCUCCCCCUAAUAACCUUGUAAAUACACCCCAAAGUAUGCCUGCUAGUUUGCCACAACAACAUAUACCAGCAAGACAUACGGCCUCACCUUCUUUUUCUCCUCAACAAAUCCAACGAGGAGAUACUAUGGGCCCUAUGCCUGCUGACAUGAUGAAUUCACCCAUGGUAGGUCAACAAAUGCCCAUGCAGCCCAUGAUGACGCCUGCACAACGCGCUCAACAAGCUCAACAACAACAACAUGCGAUUGUCAAUGCAGCCAUGAACGCCGUAGGGUUGGGUGGUCGUGAUCAACAGUCACUUACGCCUGAAGAAAAGAAUAUCCUACAAAUGCAGAUUAGAAAAAUACAAAUGAGUCAACAGGUGAAUAUGAUGCGAAAUAAUCCUAUGAUGGCAAAUAGUCCACAAGCGCAAGCAAGGUUUCAAAUGCAACAACAAGCAAUGCUUCAACAACAACAACAACAACAACAACAGCAGCAGCAGCAGCAACAACAGGCUAUGCUUCAACAACAGCAACAUCAGCAAUCCAUGCAACAACAAGCUAUGCAACAGCAACAACAACAACAACAGGCUGCUGCUGCUGCCGCCGCUGCCGCCGCUGCCGCUGCUGCUCAACACCCACAACACCCUCAGCAGCCUCAACAAGGUACACCACAACAGCAACAAGCACAGCCUCAUAAUCCACAUGCAAUGAAUCAAAGUCCUCAAGUAGAUGGAUCUCAACGUGGUAUGGUGGGUCCAGUAGGACCUAAUGUGAAUGGUCAACCGAGGCCACAUUUAAUAGGUCCUGGAGGUCAAAUGGGCAUGAACUCCAAUAUGCAAAGUCCGAAUUUAAUGAAUGGCGGUGUUCCUUUUAAUGGUGAAAUGAAUCUGAUGGUUGCUCAACACAUGAUGAAUAAAGGUCAAAUGCCUGUAGGCUUAACUCCUCAGCAACAACAACAGCAGCAAUUGCUACUGGCCCAUCAACAACAACAACGUGUAAUGAUUGCUCAACGAAGAAUCAUACAACAGCAACAGCAACAGCAACAGCAACAACAGCAACAAGGUCAGCCGAUACCUCCUCAACAGCAACCUCCUCAACAACCUCAAGGCACACCACAACAACAAGUGCAGAGCUUACCUGGCCCACCUCAAACACCACCUGCACCCAUUGGUAGUCCAAACCCCAACGUGCCUGUAGGAAGUGGAUCCCCUGAAGGUGGAGAUAAAAAGAAAAAUAUAGCCAUUGCACUAUACCAACGUCGCCAAGUUCAUCAUGCAUUACAACAACAACAACAAGCACAACAACAGGUGCAACAACAAUUCGUUCAUCAUCCUAAACGACAAAGAACGACAGACGAUACUGUUGUAGGCACACCUUCUCAGCAACAGCUAUCACCUCAAUUACAACAUAAAAUGAGUCCUCAUAUCAUGAAUGCUCAAGCACCACAAAAUCCAAGUGAGUCGCCCGUGAUAUCCAUGCAACAAAGACUUGUAGCCCAACAAAGAAACCAGUUUGAUCAACAAUUAUCACCUACGAUGGGACGUAAUAGUCUCCCUGGAGGAACACCUCAGCAACAGCAACAACAACCACAACAACAACAACAACAGCGUAUGUCUUGGAAUCCAGUCAAUGAUUUAGGCUCGCCCAUGAACGAUGUACAAUCGCCUGCUGCUGUGAACAUGGUCAAUCAACAACAAAGCAUGAAUAAUAGUGUGCUUUCAUUUGAUCUGGAAAGAUUUAUGAUGGGUGAUAGUGGUGAUUUUGGCGAAAUGUUUGCUUCAGGAGAUGAAAACACAGACCAGAAUUUACUGAUGAGUGGUGAUGGAGGUGAUUUGGAUCCUUUUGGGGGAGGGUUCCUUGCUAGUAUGGGUGGCAGCCUUGACUUAGACAAUAACAUUCCUGUCACGUCUUCAGCAGCUCCUCCACCAGGCCAUCAUGGAAAUGCCUUAUCUCAUCCUCAACAACAACAAUCACAGCAACCACAACAACAGAUCAGCUUACAACCUUAUGCUGAUCUGUCAGGCCAUACAAACAAAGUAUCCACUGUCUCUUUCUCAGUGGAUGGACAGUGGUUAGCCAGUGCUGGUCAUGAUCGAAAAGUCAUGAUCUGGAAUGUACAGGAAAAAAAGACAGUCUAUACAUUAGAUGGUCAUACAGCCAAUAUUACCUGUGCACGAUGGAGCCUAGAUAACCGACAUUUGGUAGCCACAUCUUCAUACGACAAAACAUUGCGUAUUUGGGAUGUAGGAUCUGCCAUUGCUUGCAAAGAGAACGAAGGUGUUGUCGUUAAGGAAGAAGGCGAGUCAAAGAGCGAUGCUAAUGCAAAAGCUAGCAUGAUACCUAAGCAGUUGGUCAAGUUGGAUUGUCGCGCCCAAGUUACUGCUGUUGAUUUUGCACCUGAUCGACCUGAUACCAUUUGCUCUCUUGAUGCUGAAGGCGAACUCAAAGUUUGGAACCUAAACACAUCGAAUUGCGAAAAAUCAUUCAAGAUGACACAAUCCAAAUCAGGAUUUUCACCUAAUCCUAUGCGAUUUCACCCAAGAACAGCGAAUAUUUUAGCUUGUGCAGUUGGUAAUCAAAUCUACAUCAUUGAUAUUCUGUCCGCCAAAAGUAAUACAACCAAUAAUAAUGAUAAUAUGGGCAUUCGAACAAUCACAACAGACCAUGGCAAGAACAUUUGUUCAUUCGAUUGGUCUCCCGAUGGUAGUUUCCUUGUCGCAUCCUCUGAAGACAAGAUUUGUGUCUAUGAAACUUCACAUUGGAAAUGCGUUACAAACCAAAUGCCUCAAUCCAAAAUCUCUGGUUGCGCAUUUAUCAAUGGUGGCAAUGACAAGCUCCGAUUACUUUAUGGUGGAUAUCAAGAUAUCUUUUUAUGGCAAUGUGGCAUUCCAGGCGCUCAACCUAAAAAGGCAGGUUCACAGUCAGGCAUGGUUGUGAGCAUUGCCUGUUGUCCUGUAGCAGGGCAAACUGUGGUGGCAUCUGCAAGUCAUCAUCCAAAAGAAAAGAAUUUAGUGUUAUGGACUAUUUAA